GUUGCUGGAAGCACAGCUUCAGGAUCAGAGAAGAGAGCAUGAGGAGGAGGUAGAAGCUCUGAAGAGCCAGGUGGAUGUAAUGAAAGAAGAGAUGGAGAAGCAGCAGCAGGCUUUCCUGCAGACCCUGCAGCUCUCUCCAGAGGCACAGGUGGAGUUUGGACUUCAGCAAGAAAUUACACGUCUCACCAAUGAAAAUCUGGAUCUUAAAGAAUUGCUAGAGAAGUUGGAAAAGAACGAAAAGAAGCUGAAGAAGCAGCUGAAGAUUUAUAUGAAGAAGGUCCAAGAUUUUGAAGCAAUCCAAGCCAUGGUACCAGCAGAGAGGAGGCAGCAUAAGCGUAACAUGCAAGCUGCUGUUCAGAGGAAGGAGAAAGAUUUUCAGGGCAUGUUGGAAUAUUAUAAAGAAGAUGAGCCACUCCUCAUCCGAAACCUGAUUACAGAUCUCAAGCCCCAGGCGGUGUCUGCUACUGUUCCUUGCCUUCCUGCCUACAUCCUUUUCAUGUGCAUCAGACACGCAGAUUACAUCAACGAUGACCAGAAAGUACACUCCUUGCUCACCUCCACCAUCAAUGGCAUUAAGAAAGUGUUGAAGAAACACGGUGAUUUUCAGAUGACAUCGUUUUGGCUGGCAAAUACAUGUCGCCUCCUUCACUGUUUAAAGCAGUACAGCGGAGACGCGGUUUUCAUGGCACAAAACACGCCUAAGCAGAACGAGCACUGUCUGCAGAACUUUGACCUGACUGAAUAUCGCCAGGUGCUGAGCCACCUCUCCAUGCAGAUCUACCAGCAGCUCAUUGAUAUAGGAGAGGGCAUACUCCAACCCAUGAUCGUGUCUGCGGUCUUGGAAAAUGAGAGUAUCCAAGGGCUUUCUGGUAUCAGACCGAUGGGCUACAGGAAUCGCUUCUCCAGCAUGACAGAUGGUGACAGCUCCUACAGCCUAGAUGAAAUCAUUCGCCAGCUGAACACAUUCCACACCAUCAUGUGUGACCAGGGUCUGGACCCAGAGAUCAUGCAGCAGGUCUUCAGGCAGCUCUUCUACGUGAUCAAUGCAGUUGCCCUGAACAACCUCUUGUUAAGGAAGGAUGUCUGCUCGUGGAGCACGGGCAUGCAGCUAAGGUUUAACAUAAGCCAGCUGGAGGAAUGGCUCCGUGGGAAGAAUCUGCAGCAGAGUGGAGCAGCAGAAAUUUUGGAGCCCUUGAUUCAGGCAGCACAGCUUCUGCAGCUGAAAAAGAAAACCUCAGAAGAUGCUGAGGCCAUCUGCUCCUUGUGCACAUCACUCACGACCCAGCAGAUUGUAAAGAUACUUAAUCUCUACACUCCAGUGAAUGAGUUUGAAGAACGUGUGACAGUAGCUUUCAUACGAGACAUACAGAUGCACUUGCAAGAGCGAAAUGACCCUCCGCAGCUCCUGUUAGACUUCAAGCACCUGUUCCCAGUUGUGUUCCCGUUCAACCCAUCCUCUAUAACCAUGGACUCUAUCCAUCUCCCUGCUUCUCUCAACUUGGAGUUUCUCAAUAAAGUCUGA